AUCCGAGGUCCAAUCCCGCAUCGUCUUUCCCCUCUUCACCUCUAAUCUCCUGCUGCGCUCGACACACAGCAUCAGCAUCGCUUCCGACUGCUCAACAGCAUCACUUCGACUAGCCAGACGCAGCAUCCACCCCUGUUCUCGCGCUCCACAUCGCCCACCAUGUCCUCCUCUUCGAGCUCGUCCCUCCCAAUCCCCACCCUCAAGCUCCUCCUCAUCGGCUCCUCGAGCGUAGGCAAAUCAUCCCUCCUACUCCGCUUCACAAACGACGACUUCCUUCCCCCAGAAGAAUCUACCGCAACCAUCGGCAUUGAUUACCAGAUCAAAACGAUCACCCUCGCCGAUGGGCGUAAAUUCCGCCUCUCCCUCUGGGAUACCGCGGGACAGGAACGAUUUAGGACCUUGACUAGUAGCUACUACAGGGGGGCACAGGGUGUGGUGGUCGUGUACGAUGUGACGAGUAGGGAGAGCUUCGAAGGUUUGGAAGGGUGGUUCGACGAGUUGGACACUUUUGCUCCUCGCUCAUCUGACGAGAAUGGACCGGGAGUGGUGCGCUGCUUGGUAGGGAAUAAGGUGGAUCGAGAUUUGGCUAGAGUGGUGACGGAGGAGGAGGGGAGGGAGAUGGCUAAGAGGCGCGGGGCGAAGCUUUUCGUCGAGGCGAGUGCUAAGGAGGGACGUGGAGUUCAAGAGGCCUUUGAUGAGUUGGUUGAGGAGAUCAUCUCCACCCCAGCUCUCUGGCAAUCGCAGCCCAACAGCGCCACGAGACCCGGCGAUCGACUGCCAGGGAGCGUCAAUCUUGCUUCAGGCGGCGAUCAAGGUGCCAACUCCGGAGGGUGCAGCUGCUAGCUCAUCCUCCCAUCUCUCACGCCACGAUCUGCCACACUUGAUGUCUGCUAAUCUUG